AUAGUAGAUUUCUCUAUAAUUAGUAACUAACCAAAAAGAAUUCUCUAUUAUUAAACUAUAAGAUUAUUGAUGUGUGUGAGUUAGUCUGUACAUAACAUAUUGUGUAUUAAGCGUGACAGUUUGAUAAAAUCUUAUUAUUUAGCCGUGAGUGAAUUAUAUGUAAUGUAUAGGAGAAUGCGGCGCCUAUGUGAAACGUGGAACUUGGCCUCAUAUUUAUGUAUCACAAAUUAACAAUAAAUAUUUUUUUUCGAUAACGGAAUUAUUAAUGCAAUAUCUAGUAGCAAGUGAAUGUUAUUAAAUAGUAAAUUAGUUAUUUAUUGGAUAUGCCUCCAAGACGAAAUAAAGGAGGCCUUUUGGCCCGGGUCAAUUUUCCUCUUUACACAAUUCAGAUGUUGACAAGUAGACACGUUCUCGUUGGAGGUGGAGGCGGAUCAUCAAAAACAGGAGUAGCUAAUGGCUUUGAAAUAUUUGAAUUGUCACAUGAUGGUUGGAAUUUUAUUGCUGAAGAAGUUACAAGACAUGAAACAGGGCCUAGUGUUGUUAUGAAUUGUGCUGCAUUUAAUGAUGGUAAAAAAACGUGGUUAGUAGCUGGCCAAGAAAGUCAUUGUCAAUUGUAUAAUGUUAUACCAAGAGUUGUGGCGGUAGAGAAUGGCGAAGUUGAGGCAGGAAUAAAUUCUAAUACUAAAGAUAAUGAAAAUAGCUUACGACAACGAAAGUUAAAUGAGAAAAAACAAGAUACUACAACUAAAUUAGGGGAUGAAAAAUUUGAAAAUAUACGAAAUAAUAAUUCGAAUGCAAAACACAAAAAAUUGCAACUAAUUCUUAAGCCUUCUACAAGUAUUCAAACAGAUUUUAGCGAAUCGGACCCAUUACAAAGAAUAGUGAGAAUAAGUCUUAAUGGAAAAGUAAUGGCAACUGGAGGAUUGGAUGGUGUUGUAAGACUGUGGAAAUUUCCUCAAUUAACAAAAAUUCAUGAUUUAAAAACUCAUAUUAAAGAAAUCGAUGACAUAGAUUUCAAUAUCAAUUGUGAUUAUGUUGCAACAAUUGCUAAAGAUGGUCGAGCUUUGGUUUGGGAUGUUGUUAAAGGUACAAAAUAUAAAGAACUCUCAUGGGUUCCACCUAAUGGUGCAAAAUACGUGUAUAAAAGACUUAGAUUUAGAAUUCCUAAUGAAAAAAAAUCUAAAAUACAAUUAUAUAUACUAUCGAAUGCAACAUCAUCUAAAAAUCCUAGUUAUCUUCAAUUAUGGGAUGUUGAACAAGGUUUAAUAAUUAAAUCAGCACCUUGUAAAGAAACAUUGUCGGCAAUUGCUGUGUCAGAUGAUGGAAAAUUCGUAGCAGUUGGCACGAUGUUCUCUGGCAGUAUUGAUAUUUAUGUUGCCUUUAGUUUGCAAAAAGCUUUGCAUAUAUCAGGUGCUCACAGUAUGUUUGUUACGGGUUUGGAAUUUUUACCAACGAAAUUAGAUGGACCAGCAAUAACAAGUAAUUCAGAAACUGCUGUCGUUAGUAUUUCUGUCGAUAACAGAAUUUGUAUUCAUAGCAUUCCGUUUAGACAUGCGCUGCCAUUCUGGUUGGUCAUAUUAUUUAUUAUCUUAAGUAUCUGUGGAGCAUUUAUGUUUUGUAGUUAUAUGGGUAUAUGACCGAAAAUAUCUAAUUUAAAAUUAGUUAACGAAUAUGCAAUAAUUUAUAAAGUCUAUUUUAUUGACUAAUUCAAUUCACUUAGGCACCAUAGGCAAUAUAAAUUUAAUUUUAAUUUUUACCAGAAAAUGGUAAUCCAAAUAUGGAUGUAAAAAUUAACAUGAUGAUGCUUUAAAUUAUUUAAUUAAAACAUGAUACUUGUUAAACUAAUUAUAAAUAUGUCGUGUGUAUGACUGUCAACAUUUUUUUUUUGCAGGGUAAAUUAAUUGACCAGUUGUUAUAAUAAAGUUGUUAGAUAUUCUCAAUAUCCUUGUGUAAAUAUAUUUUUAUAUAUAACUUUAAUACAUCUUGUAAAUCAAUAGUUUAAAAUAUUUUUCGCAUUGUUACGGUCAUGAUAAAUUUCUUUUUUCUUUGACUAUUAGCUGUCAGUUUUGUUCGUGUGCUUUUAAUGGCCUUUUUGCAUGUAUACUUAAAUGUUU